UUUCUUUCUUUCUUUCUUUUUGAUAUAUCAUAUAAGCUUAUUUCGCCUUGUGCAUGCGGCUGACAGCUAAACCUAUGUGUUGAAAAAGCCUCUAGCUUUCACACUUCGACACAAAAAUAUUAGUAUAAUUUUAUUAAAAAAAUCUUCUUCUCAUUCAAAUCACGGGGCUUUCCUUUCCACUGUUUCAACUUGUUCACACUUUAGUUUCUUAUAUCUUUCUUCAAGCUAGCACUUUCAGUAUAUUCACCUUGUACAUGCUUGAGCUGUGCGAUAAUGGGUUCCUGUUGCAGUUCUCGAAUCAAAGCCGAGAGCCCAGAUCGAAAUGGGUAUAACUCAAACUAUGGAAGCAAAGUCUCAUCUGCCUCGGUACCUUCAACACCUCGGACAGAAGGUGAGAUCUUGCAGUCAUCCAACAUGAAGUGCUUCACUUUUAAUGAACUUAAAACAGCCACAAGGAACUUCCGUCCCGACAGUAUGGUGGGUGAAGGCGGUUUUGGCAGCGUCUUCAAAGGGUGGAUUGAUGAGAAUUCCUUGAAAGCCGCCAAGCCCGGAACUGGUUUGGUCAUCGCAGUAAAGCGGCUUAACCAGGAAGGGCUUCAGGGUCACAGGGAAUGGCUGACAGAAAUUGACUUCCUCGGACAGCUGAAACAUCCCAAUCUUGUGAGAUUGAUAGGUUACUGCUUGGAGGAUGAUCAUCGCCUUCUUGUGUAUGAGUUUAUGUCCCGGGGAAGCUUGGAUAACCAUUUAUUUAGGAGGGCUUCUUACUUUCAACCACUUUCGUGGAGCAUAAGAAUAAAAGUUGCCUUAGGUGCUGCAAAGGGUCUAGCAUUCCUUCACAGUGAUGAAGCUAGAGUGAUCUAUCGGGACUUUAAAACCUCGAAUAUCCUCCUCGAUUCCAAUUAUAACGCUAAACUGUCUGAUUUCGGGUUGGCCAAGGAUGGGCCAGCUAAUGAUAAAAGUCACGUCUCAACAAGGGUCAUGGGAACAUUUGGAUAUGCAGCUCCAGAAUAUAUGGCUACAGGUCAUUUAACGGCCAAAAGCGACGUGUACAGUUUUGGGGUGGUUAUGCUAGAAAUGUUAUCCGGCAAAAGAGCAGUGGACCAAAACAGACCAUCUGGAGAACACAGUCUAGUGGAAUGGGCAAAACCUUAUCUGUCCAGCAAACGAAGAGUUCUCCAAAUUUUCGACUCUCGUAUUGAAGGCCAGUACUCAGUAGGUGAAGCUCUAAAAGCAGUUAACAUCGCAAUUCAGUGCAUAGCCAAUGAGCCAAAGCACAGGCCAACCAUGAAAGAGGUAGUAAAAGCAUUAGAACAUCUUCUGGAGUCGGAUAGCAUGGAGGGCAAUGCACAGUCUCGAAACCAAAAUCACAAAGAUGUCAAUGGCAAAUCACCCAAUGGUCACAAACAUCCCAAGAGUCUCGAUGUGGUUAAAGUUGGCAAAGCAGCUUCAUUUUCUCCUUUACCAUCUGCCUCCCCCAUCCGUACAUAAAUAAAUUAAAAAAAAUGGAGCUACUACUUUCUAAGUAUGUGCUGCUUCAUUUCUCAUUGAAGCCAUAAUCAUUUAUCUGAUAAUGGUAUAUACAAGAAUGCCAUAUCUUGUAUUUGAUAUGUAUUUGAGUAUGUAUCACUACGGUUGAUUUUUGUAUAUUGAUAUGUGCACUAAAAUUAUGCACCAAAACAUUACAAAUUACACCACUUAUGUGACAUUUUUAAAAAGGUAGGUCCCGUCUAAAAUGAAUAUGAUUAUGAUCGGUUAAAAUAAAUGUCACGUCAAUUGGUGUAAUAUGAUUAUGGUCGGUUAAAAGAAAUGUCACGUCAAUUGGUGUAAUAUUUUGGUACAUAAUUUUUGUGAACAUAUCAUUACUUUUUGUAUAUAUGCCACUUUUGGCUAAUAAUGAUUAGUAUAAUAUCUUUCUUUGGUCUA